CGAAAGGCUUCUUGAGCCAGGUUGCCAAGGCCAAUACGAAAACGAGUCUGGUUGUUAACAAUAACUUCGUUGAAAAGAUCAACAAAAUGGCGGAUAGCCUGGCUGCUCUUUUCACAGGUCAAGUGUUCAACAGAAAAGUUUUAGAUUUGUGCUAAAAGAUCCGCUCUUGAGAAUGCCAGUUUCUGUGGCGGAGGGUGAGCCAUUGGAGCGCGAGGAGACGGGAAUAAAGCAGGAGGACGUCGAAGAAGAGAGUGAGCGAAUCCAGAUGGAAGAGCUUGCAUUUCUUGCAAAUACAUUUUCAGGGUGUGCUGCGACUGUCUUGCAAAGAGGAUUCCAGGGUGACUGGAUACGAUUGCGGGAAUUAUUACAGAUAAUGCAGCCUAUUGGAACAGCGUUACUUCAGUUCCAUGAAGUACAACAUUACGUUCAACGUCUGUUUCAGUUCAUCGAUGAAAAUAGCAAAAUCGCUGUUGAACUGAAAUUGCCUGAAAUAUUAAAAAGUGUGUUUGUCGACUUCCAAUAUGAAAAAACUCAGCUAUCGUACCCAUCUGCAGGGAAAGACAACGAAGUGGCUGAUUGCAGAGAGCAGCAAUGCCGGCCACGAGCAAAGGAGAUUGUAAAUAAUAAUCCUGAUAACCUCUUUAAUCUUAGUUGGAAAGAUAUCGAGAAGAAACUUCAACCGAAACAGCUCAGUCUUAUUGACAUUCCAAGGUACUUGCCAAGAGUCAUAUCUGAGAUUUCCCGGCAGGAAGCUGUCUGGAAUGAAGGUUUAGGGUUAACACUGAUUGCAGCAAACACAGACAUACCAGCUGACAUACAGAGCCAUCAAAGAUCCUUCAGUGUUCAGUCUGAGAACUCAAGACUAACAUCAUCGCAUGACACUCUUGAAUGGGCUGCAGCGAAGAUGCCAAAAACCGGCCUAGAAGUAGUUGAGUCACUUGUAAAAAGUCAGUCAUUGGAGCUAACGAAAAUAUGGUACUUGAAUUUAAAAGAGUCGAAGCAGUACAAUCCGUAUGAUUUAGUCGUUGUAUCGAAAAACAAACUCAAUCCAGAACAUUUUGUUAUAUCUGUAUUUGGGGUAUUGCAUGUCAAACCAGGGGGCGAGUCAGAACUGGUGUCUUUAGGCCAAUGGUUCAGAGAAGCAAUUGUAUUCAGGACAAUACAGAAAAUUGACUUUUUCAAAAAUUUUCAAAUAUGCAAAGCUCUAAUGCUUUGGAGAAAUAAUGUGAAUUAUUUGAAAUUUCUAAAGAUUCGCAAGCAGGUAAAAGAUAUGCAUUUACUUGAAGUUCCUAGUAUGAUGUCUGCAAUUCUCAAAAUCAAGUCAUUGCUCUCAGAAAUGCAAGAUGUAAGCUUACUUCCCAGUGACACUGCAAGCUGCUAUUCACUUGACAAGUUCAAUCAAGCCGUGUUUUUGAUUUUGCAAAAUGCCAAAAAGUAUGCGGGGAAAUUAAAUAGCCAUUGCCAAAAGAUCCUGUCAAAAGUUGAAAAGGACUGCCUUGAGUUUUUACAGUACUCUGAGUUUCAGAUUGAGCAAAAGUCGAACAAUAUCAAAGAAUCGAUGACUUUAGCUAGACAAAGACGGAACAAGCAGCUAAAGAACUUGAAGGUUGCCAAAUACAUUGGUCAGAAACUUCCUUGUUUUGUUAGGCUAGUUGAAGAGCUACUCCAUCAGUUUAUGCUUGUAUUUAUAUCUGAAAAUAUCGCAAACUUUGUUCACGGUGUUAUGGGUGCCAAUAGUAUUGAAAGGAAGGGACUAUUCAGUGCAGCGUUUGUGUUUGAUCCCGAAUCAAGCUCCCUCGUUUUGUCUCCAAGCCCAGAAGAAUUUAUUAGAUCACUCAAAGUGAGCUUUGAUAACAUACCAGUAGUCCUGUCGGAAAGUUGCCUUCCUUUUACUUUGGAGCAAACGAAUCAUACUGGAAGCAAAUCUGUGAUAAACAAUGAAGACCUUAGCAGUAAGCUAACAGUUGAUGAGCUGCGAGUACUGCUUAAUCAUGGGCCAAGGGAAGCCCACGAAGCUUUUAAACAGGGCAACUUGAAAAGUGCGACAAAAACAGUCCAUGAUUACAAUGAAAAUGAAUCAAUGAAACAAAUUGGUUACAAUUCUGCUGGAUUUUUGCUUGAAGUAAGAUUAGCUGGCGACAAGGUGUUGCAGAAUUGUUUAUUUUUGAUGCAAUCCUUGAUGCAAGAUGCGUUUGCUGAAGUAAAUGAAUUUGCUGAGGACCACAAGUGGAUUGCUGCCAUUCAUUCAUUUGUUAAAACAUGGAACCAGGAAACGCUGGAAUCGUGGAAAGGCCAAACAGCAUCUAAAAUAGAGAAACAAGUGCAGCAGAUCAGAACCUGGAUGGAUCAGGUCGAGGCAGUCGAAAAGUCAAUGGCAACUUCAAACGGACUCCUUUUUGUCGAUGGUUCAAAUAUUCAAGACAUCAUUGUUCCGGGAUUACAUAAAAUAUUUAUUUCGAUGAUGGACAUGAUAUCGAAUAAUUGCUUGCUUUCAUCCGAGGAGCUGAUUGCAGAAUUGCAUGAGACAUCAAAGGUAUUAUCGGCCAAAACAACAACAAUCGAAGAAUUUGCUUCUUUUUACAAAAGCCUAAAACAAUGCAAAGAACGUACGGUGGUUUUGCAAAACAAAGAAGAAUAUCUCAAGUCUAUUUUUGAGGUUGUUCGUCAUUGUUAUCGCCAGCUGACAUCCGAUGAAGAGGAUACAGAAGAAAGACUGAAUUCGGAGUGGAAUUCAUACCUGUACAUUCUCCAAGAUGCAAACAAUCGAGUGAAUGAGCUGCUACCUCAGAUGUUGGAGAAUUUGGAAAGUAGCAUUUCUAAUUAUGAAGAGGAAGAAUCGGCUAUUACUGAGAAAGUCACCAGUGGAAAGUUUCUUGACGCAACUGAAGAUCCAAAGAUUCUUUUGCCAGAGUUAAAAGAGUUGCACACAAGAUUUUUGGAAGUGAAAGAGGAACUGUUAAAGCUUGUGAAAUGCAAAGAGAUCAUAGAAGAAACUGUUCAUGACCUAACAUCUUUAUCGGUAAUGCAUUCAAAGAUCAUUGCGCGGCACGAGCUCUGGAAAUACUGUGAAGUCACCGCAUAUACGAUUAAAGAUUGGCUCCAGACACCAUUUACCAAAUUUCAAGUGAAAAAAGUCAUUGCGAAGGUAGCAAAAUGGAGAGAGGCAGUCAUUAAAUUGAAAAAGGAUAUAGCAUCAAACGACGAGGUGCUGAAAUCAUGGAUCGAGAAAGUUGAAGGAUUUGGUGUUGAGCUGCCUUUGCUUUUGGAACUUUCAUCUGUAUCAUUGAAGGCAAGACAUUGGAAAUGGUUGUUUGCAGGUUUAGGGCAAGUCUAUGACCAGUCAUAUCAGUAUCUCAUAUCUGAUCUUGUCGGAUUUGGACUAAGGGAAAAUUCCCAGCUUAUAGUUUCGAUUUGUGACAGUGCUGCAGCCGAAUUUGCAUUAGAAUCGCAUUUAAAAAAGAUGAUACGACGCUGGGAAGAAGAGGAGUUUAGGUUGAUGAGGUAUUAUCAGGAAAGUAAGAAUAAAGCACCGAGUAAGGGAACCAAGGCCUUAUCAGGAAGCAAACCAAGAUUCCAUAAGAGAGCUUCAUCUGGAGAUAUGUUUAUUCUCACUGGCGUGAAUGAACUACAGGCUCAAGUUGAGGACAAUCUGGUUACAUUGCAGUCAAUGCUUGUAUCUCCGCAUUUAUCAGAAAUGAGGAACCAAGCUGAAGCUUGGACCGGAUAUUUACACCAACUUAAGGAAAUUUUGGAUACAUGGAUCUCUUGUCAACAAAAGUGGCUUUACUUGAAGAAAAUAUUCGACAAGUUCUCCUCAUCCAACCUUGAAGAACUUCGAGUUGAUUUUCAUGAUAUCGACGCUAAAUACAAGGAACACAUGUCAGCAGUAUUGAAAGACCCCAAAGUUCUAUCGGUGCUGGAAAAAAAGAGAGGCGAUCGUGGCUAUAGAGAAUUGCAGGGUGAAAAUCUGAGAAAACUACUUUUCCAGCUUGUCACAAAACAGGAAAAGGUCAUCAAAAGUCUCGAUAGCUAUCUUGACGAGAUUCGAGCCUCUUUUCCACGAUUAUUCUUUCUUAGCAACAGUGAGAUGUUGGAGCUUCUUGCAAUAUCGCAGGAUCCCAAGGCUCUUGUUCCGUUUGUAAGGAAGUGUUUUCCUGGCAUUGUCAAUUUGAAGUUUGUACUGCCAGCCACUGUAUCCAGUACGAUAAGAACGCAGUUAGAUGCCGCUUUAAAUGCCCAUCUUCUUGAAGUCGUCUGCUUGUAUGGUCAUUGUGGUGAAGAAAUGAAUUUGGCAGCUCCUGUUCCACCUUGCAAGUCGGUGGAAAAAUGGUUCUGUGACUUAGAACUUGCAAUGAAGAGUUUGUUAUGGAACAAAAUGGCACGUUGCAUUGAAGAAAGGUUUCUAUACACGCCAUCGAUUGACAGUUUAUUAAGCGCUCUAGGAGUUAUUUCCAAGAAUCAGCAGCCCGGUGACAUAUCAAGACCUUCGUCUGCUCGUAUGAAGCUAGCAAUUGAAGAGGGAGAGAAUGCCUAUUGGUACAUGGUAUACCCUUUUCAAUGUGUCUUGGCGGCUGAAGAAGUUAUUUGGACCUCUCAUUUGAGAAAUGCCGUAGAAAAAAGAGGUUUUGAAAGCAUGACUGAUGUCAGGAAAAUGGUGGAAACAAAUAUAGAUCAAUUCACAUCUGCUUUGAAAUCAAGCAUGACAGUGGAAAGCAGAAAGCCUUUGCUUCGGAAAUUGAUGAUUCUUGUCCAAUCCUUGCUGACAAGAGCGCUUUAUCAAAGGGAGAUUUCGAGCGAUCUCGACAAAGAUUGCGUAUCAGUAAAGAGCUUUGAAUGGCUUCAGUGCUUGAAAUAUCAAAUAGAAAUAUCUCAUGACAACAGGCAAAGAGUGUAUGACCGACAAGGAUGUGCUGAGAUAUACUACGGUGCUAAAAACUCUGCACAGUUUGGCAUGCUAAGUGCAAGUCAAAUGGGUCUCUCUUUUCCUUAUGGCUACGAAUACCAAGGUCCUACAUCUCGACUUGUAAUCACACCCAUGACUGAUAGAGCGCUUUUCAACCUUUCUACUGCACUUAAGCUGCACUAUACGGCUGGAUUAUUUGGACCAACUCAAAGUGGGAAAACAGAGACAAUUCAGGAGGUUUCCAAGAUAACUGGUACACAGUUGGUGACUUUCACGUGCAACCCGGCAUUAUCCUUAUCGCGGAUUCUGCAUUUCAUUUCUGGUGCUGUCCAAUCUGGUGCUUUGCUGUGCUUCGAAAACGUCACGGUGCUAUCAGAUGGUAUUUUGUCAGUGCUUGGCCAGCAUCUUGAUGGUAUCAGACAGGCAUUUUCUGCGUUACAAAAACGAGAGUUUAGCCAGUUUGAAGUCCGGGAUCCUUCUGUAUCAAAAGAAACUUCUGAAGAGGCUGUGACCAAACGAAGAAGAGGAAUAACUGUAAUUUCAUUGCAUACAUUACUGGUGAAUGAAAAUGCAGCUGGACUAAGUGCUCAAGAGAACGAUUUACAGAUGACAAGAAAACAGAAGCCCCAGAGAAGACAUUCUAUCCACGAAAUCAUAAAUAUUAACGAUCCAAAAAGUAUUCCAAAUGCUCGUAAGAAGAACCUGAAGGGUGUCAAAUCUGAGAUGAAUUUACCGAAGAACAAUUUCGAUUCAAGCGAAGAAACAAUCAGCGAAUACAAAGGCGUAAAGCCCCUUGGCAAUAUAAUGGUCGCUGGCAGCUUAAUGAAAGCAAAUCCUCUUUAUGGAUGCUUGAUGACAAUUAGUCCCGUUCAUCACAAGUACCAUAGCAUUCCAGAUAACUUGAGGAAUACUACAAGACUGUUUGGAAUGAUACAACCUGAUUAUCGCAUAGUCACAGAAGGAUGGUUGAUAUUGAAUGGAUUCAGGACCACUAGCAAACUUUCGAAAAAAAUAACUGUCUUUCGAGAAUUGCUCCGUGACCAGUUUCUUGACGAUCCGGUGUACACAAUGUCUUUGACACAAAUAAAAGCUGUCGUAGUUUUGGCGGGAAAAGCUUGCCGGGACUUGAAAAGAGAACAUGUAGAUUUGAAUAGCGUAACUGAAGCGAAAAUUGAAGAAUCCUGCGUUGCACAAGCAUUGUACUCACUCAUGUUUACGUCAGUGUAUCCUCGAGAUCUUCCUAAUUUCAUCCGCCUUCUUAAGGUCUCUUUUCCUCAAGUCAAAGACAGUAUUGCAGAAAGUAGCCCCGAAGACCAGCUUCUACUUUUGUCAGUUGAACAGCAGAUCGAUUCUGACAAUUUAUUAGACAACGAAGAUUUUGUCAAAAAGGUCAUGCAACUGCAUGCGACAAUGUACCUCAAUCGUUCUGUGAUUUUGCUGGGAGAUAGUGGCUCUGGUAAGUCUGCUUGUUACCAGACCCUUUGCCGUGCUUUGUGUCAAUUCUAUUCGGUCUGGACUCAAGACGUGAAGAAACAAAGAGAUAAAAAGAAUGGCGUCAUCAGCGAUUCUGCAAACCAGAGGUCUUCUUUCUCCAAGGUUCAUCUCUCAACCUUUUAUCACAAGGCCACAAACAACGAUGAGCUUUUCGGGAAUUUCAAUGAAUCAACGCAAAACUGGUCAGAUGGUCUGUUAUCAAAGCUCCUCCGCACUGCUACACAGUUGCAAAGUGUCAAGGCACACGUUGAGCGCAACAACGAAAUGCCAUACGAUGAUAUACAUUACUGGUUUGUUUUCGAUGGACCACUAGAUAUGAAUCUUACAGGACCCCUUGAAUCUUUGCUGGACGAUCGGCAAGAGCUUUGCUUAGUCAAUGGAGAGCAUAUAAAACCACCCAGCUCAGUAAAGUUUCUGUUUGAAACAACGACUUUGUCCAAUGCAUCGCCUGCAAUUAUCGCUCGUUCCGCGAUUGUCAACUUUGAAAGCAAACUUGUGCACUGGACUUGUUUGUUUCAUUCCUGGAAAAAGACUGCACGAAACAAACUUGAGAUCUCUACAAAAGGCUUCAAGGUCAUUGAAGCAAUGUUGGAACACAUCUGCGCUCCCCUCGCUGAGUUCCUUUCCAACGAUGGUGAGAUGCUUCUGAAUAAUCACUCGCAGAUGGCAACCGAAGAUGCAACAGUUUGUUCAAUUGAAGUAACAUCCGUACUGCAGGUUUUGAGCGCAUUUCUUGAGAAGUUCAUGUCUCGAGAGAUUGCUGAAAGAAGACUCAGAAAAGAAAGCUUGUCAAAUGUAACUGAUGUGGAUUCAAGUGCUAGUGUAACGAGGAACAAAGAAGAAGUCAAGUUUAUAAGCAAUUCAUUGGCAUAUGCAUUUGUUUGGGCAAUUGCAGGCAAAUUGCAUGAAAGGUGUUAUCCAAAAUUUGAUGUCUUCACCCGACAGACAUUUGCAACUUGUCCGUAUUCAGUCAUCUUUCCUUGCUCUGUUUUUGACUGCAUGCUAGAUCCUGUCAGUGGAGAGCUUGUCAGGUGGGAAAGCUGCGCGGACAUCCCAAAAGCAUUGCCAUCACAGCAAUACGUUGUUACACCGGAGAUAGAGAAAUGCUUCGUCAUUGCUGACUUAUUGAUUGCCUCUGGAAGCAAUGUUCUUAUAGUAGGAGAACGUGGCGUUGGAAAGACAGCAUUCGUGAAGAACCUUAUCCAGCAAAAGUACAAAAUGCAUCGGAUUGUUUUUACCCAAGGCCUGUCCUCGCAGUCCUUCCAAAAACGAGUUCAAAGCCAUAUCGAAGAACAUAUCAAUCGUUUUCGAAAUAACCCUUUGAAGCCACCACCACAGCAAAGAGGUCUUGGCACAAACAAAAAUGUCUUCUUUAUUGAUGAUAUUGGGAUGGCCACCGUUGACCCUAGCUGUGGCCAGUCGCAACCUACGCUUGAAAUACUAAGGCAAAUCAUCUCAGAAGGUGGAGUUUUCAACUAUAAAAGAAAAUAUUUCCAGCACUUCCCUAACCUACAAUUUGUAGCAACGUGUGUGCCGAUUUCUGCUCAAGGCCAAGGAAACUCCAGCCUCACAUUGAGUUCUCGGCUGACAAGACGGAUGAAUAUCAUAAACAUGGCUGCCCUGAAAAAGGAAUCCCUGGUUACUGUUUACGCAAGUGUUUACAAAUCGUGGCUUGAGGAGUUUCCUGCAUACUCCCUCACACACAUAGAACCAUUGGCAAAGGCCCUUAGCCGUUCAUCUGUGGAUAUUUUCUGUAAAAUCAAAGAAAGUUUCACUCCUUCACCUACAAAUCCACACUUUGUAUUCUCACAUCACGACCUAGCACGGAUAGCCAAAGGCGUCUUUAUCUACUCUCCAAAAAGCAGAUUGAAAGCUAGAAAAACAGAAAAAGGCUUACUUGAUAGAGCACAUUCGGGUGUGAACCAGAGCCUUCCAGAUCUCAAAACUGCCGAUCGAGCAAUACAGCCAGACACAAGCCUUUCUCUGAGCAAUUUGCCAACACAUCUUAGCACAAUUGAUCGAUUUCCAGCCUCUGUCUCGCCGCUGAUUCGCACAAUCAUUCGAUUAUGGUGUCACGAGGUUUGCCGCUCAUUUCAAGACCGAAUGGUUGAAAACAAAGAUCAAGUUACAUUUUCUGCCAUCCUCAAUAAUACAGUUAUGGAAAAUUUUUGUGGAAAUAUCGAGAUUCGAAUGACUGACCCAAAUGAACACCAGAUCUUAUCAAGAGAAUCGUCAAGCUUAGAAAAAAAGACUGGCAAAAAUCGAGUAAAAUUCAAAGACAUAGAGUCGAGUAAGACAGCUGAUUAUGCGGGCCCAUUGAUCACCUUUCAGCAUUUGCUCGGUGAAGAAAAAACAUUAACAGAUAUCAAAUUCACUAAGCACCUAUUUCUAUAUGGCUCACUUGGGGCUGAAGGUGCUGGUGAACACGACAAGGGCUAUGUUGAAUGUCAGGAUCAGCAUGUUGAAGAGGCUCUUAGGAAAUCUUUGAGCAUCAACAUAUCAUCUGAUUCUAAACAGGUGGAUUUGGUUCUCUAUAAAGAUGCAAUGCAGCAUGCUGUACGGAUUAGUAGGAUUUUGGCGCUACCAGGCGGGCAUGCUUUACUUGUUUCUGCCAAUGGGCAUGGGCGGGCAAAUAUAGCAAGCCUCGUGGCCAAACUCGCAAAUAUGAAAAUGAUGACUGUAUUGGGGCCUGCCCUUUCCACUCAGAGUCAUUUCCGUUCGAUUGUGAAAGAUGCCUGUUUUGUUGCUGGUCUUCAAGGAAGGCCCAUCGUUCUCUUCAUUCAAGAAGGACUUUCCAAAGAGGGGAUGAAAGACGUUGCAUCUUUAAUGGUUGAAGGAACAUGCCCAGAUUUAUAUUCGAAGGACGAGCUCACGGCGAUUGGCAACCAUUUAUUACCUGGCGGACAAGUUGGCCAGAGGAGAACCGAAAGCAAAGUAGUUGCACAGGACCGUUUCCUUAGACGUAUAAUGACAAACCUACAUAUAAUCCUAUGCACUUGGCAUGGAAGUUUAAGUGAUAUAGCGGAAGAAUAUCCCAAUAUCUUGACUCGUAUUGCGUGUGUAGACAUAUACUGUGAGUGGACUGUCGAUAUCUUGAAAGAGGUUGCCGAAAGAUGGCUGCUAUCGAAAGGAAAGAAUGAAUUCUUCUUCAAGGUUUUGUGGGAAAUGGACAACAGAGAUCGACAGCUCAGUGCUAUUUAUACAGCAAUGGCACAUUUCCAUCUCUCUGCACGGAAUUCGUUGGAUAAGGAUUUUAAAGACCUUGGUUUGGACAUUUUCUCUCCUCUUAAGUUUAUUGAGCUUGUCGAGCUCUUUCGGACACUUUGUAAUGCGAUUUGUCAGACCAAAGAGGAUUUGUUGGCUCGUCUGACUGCAGCAACGGAUAAAAUUAAAGAGGCAGAAAGAUACGUUGACAAUGUAGAGAAAAGUAUCAAUGAUUUGACGCCAUUACUAGAAACCGCAAAGUCAGAGCUAAAGACUUCAGAAGAUAAUGUAAAAGUUGCUACGCAGGAAUAUCAUAAUUCAAAGCAGGCAUGUGUCGACCAGCAGAAGGAGGUAGAAAACCUUAAGCAGCCAAUACAGGUUUUGAGGAAGGAGGCAAAAGAAGAGUUUGGUAAACUUACUCCUGUCUACGAGGCUGCUUUGGCUGCUCUGAAGUCACUGGAUAUUCACGAUGUCGAAGAGAUGAGGAGCUACAGGGCGCCGCCAGUUGGAGUCAAGUUUGUUGCUGAUAUGAUCUGCCUAAUGUUUGAAAAACCAGCUAACUGGGAAGACGCAAAGCUAUUGCUUAUCCGAGAGAACUUUUUCCAAGACCUUGUUUUCUACGAUAAAGACAAAAUAUCUGAUGAUCUCUUCAGGAAACUUGAGAAAUUUAGCCAAUCUGCAGAAUCGUCACCAGAGUUUUUAUUGGAUAUAAGUAAAGCUGCAAGCUCCCUUUCGGUUUGGAUUCGAGCUGUGUAUAAUUAUUGUAAUGUACUGCACACAUUCAAGCCAAAACAAGAGGAAAUGAAAGAGGCUGAGAAGCGACUUAACCAGGCAAAGGCUCUGCUUGGUGAAAAGCGUGUUUACUCUCAUAAAAUGAAAGCAGCUCUUGAAGAUUCUAUAGAGGUGUUUAAAGAUAAGAUGAAAGAAACAAAGAGUUUGGAAAAGCAGCUACAGACACUGAAACGUGGAAAGAAAAAAGCUGACAAUCUUCUCGAAAUCAUGGGUAUAUACACAAAGCAUUGGAAUGAGAGGAUAUCAGAUUUGAAGAAGAAGCUUCGCACUGCAGCUGGAGAUGCAUUGCUAACAGCAGCUACUGUCUGCUACCUUAGUGCUUUUGGAGACGAGGUCCGAAAUAGAUUAAAGAACGAGUGGGUUGAUUUUUGCGCGAAGGGUAUUAGGACUCUGGAUGGACAGGUGCAGAUUCCCUUGGACCAAGAAUUUUCAGUUGCUGAUAUUCUAAGUAGUGAAGAUGAGCUGAUUGAAUGGAGAAGGAAAGGGAUUCCCAGUGAUAUUGCCGUUAUCACAAAUGCACUUUGUACUAGGACAUGUAGCCUGGCUGCCAAAAAAUGCUGGCCUCUCUUGAUAGAUCCUCAAGAGCAGGCUCCCUUCUUAAUACGGAGCAUAGAAGAAGGAUUGUCUGGAGAAUGGGAUAAAUCAGACCCUACAUCCACAGAAAAGAAUUAUGAUUUAAAAGGGACAGUAACGGAUGUGUUGGUGAAAAAAUCUUUUGUGCAAGGUGACCUACAAAAUGAAAGUCCACCAAGACCAAAUACUAAAGGCAAUAUCUUGGAAUCUAGCAUUAUGUCAGAGAAUCUUCUUUCUCACGAAAGAGAAAGAGGAAGACUUUCUAUAUUUUCUACUACUGAUGACGUCGAGUCUGGCACCCCAAAAAUAACGGACCAAUCAGAAUCAAGAGCAAGUUCACAAAGACCAAUCAGCUCUUUUUCCGCUAUUACAAACGAAUCUGCAUUUCUCAACAAAUUCUACACAAAGACUGGUCUCAAGGAAGUUACUGACAUACGUCCGCCUUCGCCGCUCGUGGAGUUAACUGAAAAUACAUUAAUCAUUGUUGAUGCAGAUGCAGCAGAUUUAGACCAGAUGUUGAAAGCUGCUGUUGCAAAAGGCAUACCAGUGUUAAUAAAUCACAUAGAGAGGGGUGUAAAAAAUACAUUCCUCGCCUCAAUUCUUAGUAGAACAUUUUCAACUGCAGAAGGUGAUGAUAUUUACAUUCGUCACGAGAGCGCGAGACUUCAGUGCCAUCCUAAUUUCAGGCUAUAUCUCAGCGCAGCUGUAACCAUGGACUUCAAUAAAUGCAAUAGAUUCAUACUGCCACUGCAUAAAGCGUUGGUGAUUGAUUUGACCAUGAGCAAAGAAGGCCUGGAAAACAGAUUCACUUCAUUAACUUUACAGUCUGAAAAGCCUGAACUCGAAAGCCAAAGGCGAUCAUUGCGUUUUGACUUGUUUUACCUUCGACAAGAAAAAAGGAGAAUACAGGAGUCCAUUUUAGACAGAGUUUGCAACAUUUCCGGGGAAAUUUUGGAAGAAACGUCACUUCUUGAUGCUGUAGUCGAAAGCCGAAAGCAACUCACGGUUACAGAAGAACGUCUUGACGAAGGACUGAUUUUCCAAAGUGAGUUGGAAGCAAGGCGCCAAGAUUACUACCAAGUUGCUUUUCAUGCUUCGAUGCUGCAUAGGGUGAUCUCAAUGAUUGGGCAAUUGGAACCAUUUUAUCGGAUGCCGUUGUUUUUCUUUGAUGAACAAUUAAGAAGAACGCUGGAGGAGGCAAAGAGAAGAAAAGCCGAAUCGGGAUCGAUCAGUGCAAGGGCAGCUGAGAUUAAUGCCAAAUUUACUUUGGAUCUUUACAAGCGUGUUUGCCUUAAUGUUUUUAAAGAGCAUGUGCCAUUUUUUCCACUACUAACAAUUUUGGAAGGACAUCUAAAAGAUGGAAAGAUUACAAUUACGCAUUAUAAAGUGUUAUUGAAAUUAUGUUCAAUUGAAAAUGAAGUACUUUCAUUACCAGACUCAGACUGGAUAGAUAAUGAUCUCAGACACCGAUUGACCUAUAUUGAGGAGAUUGAAGAGUUCGAUGGUAUCCUUAAAUCGUUUGAGAAGCACCAGAGCCAGUGGAGAGAGUACUUCAGUAUGUCUCCCAAUCUGAUUUGCUCUUGCCCAUGUGGAUAUGAAAAUCUUAGUCUGUUUUCCAAAGCAUUGCUCUGGCUUGCCGUAUUACCGUCAAAGCGAGCAGAAGUUUUUCAGAAUCUUAUUCUCAACAUCCUUGGUCCUCCUUUUACUGAAGUAAUCAGCCGAAACAUUGCAGACGUUGUUGAAGAAUCUUUGCCAAGUACACCUUUAGUGGUUCUUUUACCUCAACGACGAGGUAACAUCCUCGAAGAAGAUGCUACCUUGACGAUUGAGAAUCUUGGAAAAUCGCUAAAUGUGCAAGUAAUAACAAUCAGUUUUGGAGUGCCAAGUCAAUUGGUUGAGGCCGUGAGAGUGUUGAGGGAUGUGAAAGGGACCUCAAGGAAGUGGCUUAUUUUGGAAAAUUGCCAUCUUGUUAAGGCCUGGAGUCGAGAAUUCCUAAGAUUGAUUGAGGAAAUAACUGAAAAUGAUGGCACCAAUCAACACGAUUCGAGACAUUCUACUGGUCAAAGAAGAUUAUUCCGGCUUUGGUUCAUCUUCAAAUGCACAGCUGAUUUUAAAAUACCAGUGGCAAUUUCCAAGAAAGGACUGCUAAUUGCUUGGGAUGAGAAGAUAUAUGGCCAUACGAAAGGAAACAAUAACUUCAAGUUUCAAGCCAAAACCAACCAACAGUUGAAUGCAUCGAUCCACGAAAGUGGUUUCAGAGAUGAGCAACACGAUGAAGAACAGGAUGGUGGAAAUAAUACGUUUUUCGGAUUCACUGCCUAUCGAAAAUUCCGAAACGAGAUGAUGAAACACUUAAAAGACAGGAAUGCAGUUACCGACCACAAAAGCUUUGCGAAAACAUUCGCUGCUCACAUCAGCAACCAAGCACCGCAUUUCCCUGUGGUUUCUGAGUCCAAAAGUGAAGUCAUUUCAUCUAUAAUAAAUGUGAUUGCACAAUCUGAAAGAGAGUUCGAGAGAGGCUCAAAAUCUCUUAUGAUGUACAGUCAAUCAGGGCAUGACAACAACGAUGGUUGUGGAUUUGAACAAAACGACAGCAGAGAUGUAUUAAAACAGCUACAAAGUAUUCACGAGGCAUUGGCGAAGAAAACAACUUCACGUUUGUCUAAGGCAGUUUACCAGUUUUUUCACCGAGAAAUCAAGACGAUGAAAGAGUUCUGCGAAAAGGUUAUGGAAUUUCUUGGUAAAUCACAAACGUCGACGAAAAAAGGUGCCUCUAGAACAAAAAUAUGUGUCUUGGAAAAGCAACUGAGGGAGUAUAAGCCAAUUCUGAAUUUAUUGCCAUACAAAGAGUGGCAAGAAUGGGUCACAGGCCUGGGUGCAAUCGCCAAUGCAUUGUUGAGUUACAUAAGACCGAAAUCUCGGCAGCCUUUGGGAUUUGAUGUAAAUAUGAUACCGCAUCUUAAAGGGUUUUUUGCUAGUGUAAUGGAAAAUUUUUGCCACGACAAUUUUGCAGAAGUUGGAGAAAUACAUUGGGAAGGAAAGGUACUUCAAGAAAGCGAUGAGCUAUUGCCACCAAUUAAAGGCGUGUACUUGAAAAGUCUGGAGUUGCGAAAUGCCGAUUGGAAAUUUGAUACGAAGGAGCUUAUUGCUGCAAACAAGACAAAUAAAGUCUACAUCCUGCAUGUGGUACCGAAAGAAAGGAGCUCCAGUGUAGAAAGCGUUGACAUUCCAAUCACAUCCGUAUUUUCAAGCGCUCAAACUAACAUAAUAAGUGUAAAUAUCAAUUCGAGCUUGAACCAGGAUUUCGUAAGUAGGAAUUCGGUUUGUUUUGUGAAUAAGUUUUGAUUAUAUUUAUCUUUUUAGUCUGACUUGUGUAAAUAACAAUGCUUGUUGUAAGGAUUGUGUGUUGAUUGCGUAAUUUUUCCAGCAAGAGCAGGGCCUGCAACAAAAUAAAAAUUGUAAAAUAGUUGUUUUAAUAUGCCUAUGAGCGAAAUUAUUCAUCAGAGGGUGCCUUCUUUGUCGAAAAGGAAACAUGUCACUUCAGUUAAUUUAUUUUGCACCGCCUAAAGAACCUUUCGAAGUAAGUGACUUAUUAAGCACGCACAAAAGAGAUGACGUUCAACCAGUCAUUUUGCUUGGACCCAGCAAUGAAUUACUUUCUGUUUUAAUAAA